AGUGCGCGUGUUGGCGGAGGGAUACACAAAGCAAUUCCCCCCCUCUCUAGCCGCUGCAAUAUACACGCGUUCACCCGUUAGUGGAGCUCCAUCUAAGGGACGAGCACAUUCCUGGUCUGCCUCCACACACCGACAAGCACACAAUCCAUCCGACAUGGCUGACCAACUAACAGAGGAGCAGAUUGCAGAGUUCAAGGAGGCCUUCUCCUUAUUCGACAAGGAUGGCGACGGCACCAUCACCACCAAAGAACUCGGCACUGUUAUGAGGUCGCUGGGACAGAACCCCACAGAGGCCGAGCUGCAAGACAUGAUCAAUGAGGUGGACGCUGACGGUAAUGGAACCAUUGACUUCCCUGAGUUUUUGACCAUGAUGGCAAGGAAAAUGAAGGACACAGACAGCGAGGAGGAGAUCCGCGAGGCUUUCCGAGUAUUUGACAAGGACGGAAACGGCUACAUCAGCGCCGCAGAGCUUCGUCACGUCAUGACGAACUUGGGCGAGAAGCUAACGGACGAGGAGGUGGACGAGAUGAUCAGAGAAGCAGACAUUGACGGAGACGGGCAGGUCAACUACGAAGAAUUUGUACAGAUGAUGACCGCCAAGUGAAGUUUCCCCGCCCCAUUCUGUCCCUUCUUAGAAGAAAAAAAAGAAAAAAAAAUGGGAAAAAAAAAAUCUAAUGUUUUACUUACCUCUUGGGGAAAAAAGUUCAUUUAUUCAUACUGUUUCUGUAUAGAAAAUAAUUGAAUGUUGAAUUACAAUAUCCUUCUGUCCACACAGGGAAAUAUUAAAGAAAAUAUACAAAAAUAUCUGCAUGAAAAAGAUGGUUAGUGAUCCUUCCCCUCCCUUCCCUCCUUCCUCUGGAAAUCAAUUUAGCAUCAAUACUGAACAAAUAAUAACAUCCACCCUGUAACGACUACUUUCAGACUAAAGCAAAGAAGUUGGUGUCCAGUUCCAUUUGCUCGUGCUAAAUGUGCGGGCUGGCCAUCUCCUCUAUAUCUCUUUUUCUGUUCUUCGUGCAUGCAAGCUUGAGACCGGAGCACAUACAAAUACCCCCGACCCUCUCUGUCCCUCCCUAGCCCCCCAACCAACCCUCCUCCGGGCUACCAGAGCGUGCUGAUUCCACUAUACGCUGUCCUCUUGAUGGUUUGGUACAGUUUUUUUGUAUUUGGAGAGGAACCCUGUAAUGUUAAGAUGAGAGAAGAUUCCAGGUUCUGACUCAUAAAGCAUAAAGUGGAACGGGACUUAAUCGUAUGCUAGUUAAAGUUCAAAAAUAUGUACAAAAAAAAAAACUUAAAAAACAAAAACAUUUUGGCAUGUUCUUAUUUUUUUAUGUUAUAUGGACGACCAUCUUAGUAGUUGUGUGUGUCCUGCCCUUUUAAAGGAGGAGGGGGGACUUCAAGAGUCUUACGGUGAGCUUUCUUUCUUAGAUUUUGUUUUCAUUAUUUCGCUGAGAUGGAGUGUCUGUCCUGUUUUCUUGCAAGAGAGAAUCACUGGCCUUCACUUUUUCUUUUUCUUCUGUUUCUCGACUCAGACGAGCGAGCGGUGUGCUGCGUUUACGCCGCUGGUUGUGAACGAGCAAACCGCCGCUCUUCAUGAGUUCAGUUUACAUUCAUUCCAAGUUGUACAUGCUAUAGUUUUUUUGUUUUGUUUUUUUUUUUUUCAAAUAAAAACCAUGAACUUUA